UUGUAUUCAUUAUGUCAGACUUUGUCACAUCUAGCCACGUGCGUCCACGUGUGUAAUAUUCAUAUUUUAACCCCAUGCGUCCUCAUGAGUGUCUCUCUUCUCCCUUCAUCUCAUUCCGAGUUCCAGCUUAAAGAUUACUGGGAGAAGUUCUUUCAGAAGAGAAAGGCUCCCUUUGAGUGGUAUGGAGAGUAUCUGGACCUCUGCCAUAUACUGCACAAGUACAUUAAGGCGUCUAAUACAAUACUAGUCGUCGGUUGUGGUAACUCAAAACUCAGCGAAGACCUUUACGAUGUUGGCUUUACAAGUAUUGACAAUAUUGAUAUAUCAGAGGUUGUUAUAAAGCAAAUGACGUCCAAAAACAGGACCAAGCGUCCAGAAAUGACGUACACAGUAAUGGACAUAUUUGAGAUGACAUACAAUGACUCCACUUUUGAUUGUGUUAUAGAUAAAGGUACAUUAGAUGCUGUAUGUGUCAAUAGUGGUCAGGAGACCAUAGAUAAAGUAAAGAAUAUGUUCAGUGAGAUUAGUCGAGUUUUAAAAUCCAAUGGUCGCUACAUUUGUAUCAGUUUGUCUCAAGAGCAUGUCCUGAAUCAGCUGGUAGCCGCUCACAGUCAAGGAUGGAUCAUUCGAGUUCAUGUCGUUAAGUGUGUGGGUGAAAAAGUAGGUGUGGCUAGUGCUCUUCCUGUGUUUAUUUUUGUAAUGACGAAAAUGGCUUCACCAGCUAUACAAAUAUUUGAGUACGUGAAUGAAGAUGAGAAGUGCAUUAGAUGUGAAGAUGAUGCUGGGAUUAUUGAAUUUGUCAGAAACUGCCAACAAUACGCACUAGUACUCCAUCAUCUUGGAAGCAUGCAUAUGGAAGAGCAAGUUUGUCUGGACCUGUGGUCUGGUAGCAAUAACAUUGAGCCAAGGUUUACCCUUCGGGUAGUGGAUCUGCCUAAAAAGAAAGCACUCAAUGGACAGUUUGCAAUAUUUCUUGUACCUCAAGGAAGAGAAACCAAUUGGCUCUUUUCCAGCUCUGCCGGCUCGACUCAAUUAGCUGAGUCAGCAGGAUAUGAGAGACUAGUGAUAGUGACCCUUCAUCGAGGCCACACCUACCAGAGCCUUGAUAAAGUGAAGGAAGAAAUAUCGACCAAAGCAAUGGAAUUAUCGCAAGACUCACUGCCAGACAGAAUAAAAUGCCCAGUUCUUUCAUUAGCCGAAGGUGUUGGCUCUCGUACUGUUCUAUUAGAGUCCAGUUCUUCGUCCAGUGGAGGGUUUGUGGUCGAGGAGAGUCAAGAUGAAGAAGAAAGAGGUUUAGUACGUCGACUUGUAUUUCUCGAGUCGCCUCAUCUGGCUCAGACGGAAAUAUUAAUGAUAAAUAAAAGUGACGGUGCCAGUAAAAGGAAAGGUAAAAAGGGCAGACAGCACAAAAAUGGCGGGAAACUCUUUGAUUUCAGUGAAUUGAUGUUUCCUUAUCACAAGCUAAUGCUAUCAUCACUUGCUCUAAUUGGGGGAGAAGAAGGAGGGAAGAGAGGAAGGAAUCCAACUGGUGCUGCAUUAGAUAUAUUAAUAGUAGGACUAGGAGGUGGGGCAUUGCCAAUGUUUAUUAAGAAGCAUAUUCCAAUGGUAUGUCAAGAUGUUGUUGAUUUGGAUGGCUCAAUGAUACAGGUAGCCAUUGACUGGUUUGGACUGGAAGCAGAUCAAAUCGUAACUGGAGGAGAAGGAGAGAAGAUCCUAGUCCACAGGGACAGAGGGAAACUUAAUGUCAUUCAAGGAGAUGGUGUUGAACAUAUAAUGUCACUAUCAGAUAGAAAACAGGCUAAUACUCUAUAUCAUGUGAUUAUCCUUGAUGUUGAUAAUAAAGAUGCUGGCUCUGGUCUAAGCAGUCCCCCUCUCUCAUUCACUACUCCUCAGUUCCUGCAAGCUGCAAAAUCUCUUCUGCAUCCUAAUGGUGUGUUUGUUACUAAUCUGGUUGCAAGGAAUAAAGACAUUGAGGACUCAGUUUUGUCUAACGUAUGCUCCUGUUUCUCUUGUACACUCAAGAUCCCUGUCCCAGGCUAUCAUCAUGUAUUGCUCUGUACACUGGAGCAAAGGGAGUAUAUUAAAGGUAAGAAAGACACUAAAUCUAUGGCUGCUGCUACCAAAAGGAAAGGCUGUGUUCCUCUCGAUUUUUCAAAGGCUCUACAAUCAAAGUUGGACUCAUUUGCUGCUUCCAUAGGGAAGGAAUGCUUAAGAGAGGACUUUAUUGAUUUGUAUAAAGAUGGAUCAUUGUAUUAUUAAGAAAAUUCAUUGAUUUCCCACCAAA